AUGGGAUUGGAUACCGCCGCUGCGAGGGAGCAAGGCUACCUCCCGCCUGACUGGACGGACGAGCAAAUCAUGGAGACCUUCACUCCUGUCGAACGUCGGUUUUACGAAUGGGAAGAGAGCGGCCACAGCAUUUGCGAUUUUACCCUCGGAAACAUUGAAAAGGGGCUUCAAGAUGCGUUUCCAGAUGUGGAAGAUGUCAAGUAUCAACACUGUGUCUUCAUGUACAAAUGGGGUGACAGAUUGUUUCGACGAUGGGCCCAACCCGUUCCAGCCGUGAACGUUCUCGAGAUCAUCAAAGAAACCAAUUGCCGUGAUCCCGAAUCCGUCAGCAGCACAUCGUUAACUCUCCAGAUUGGCAGAGUUCCCGACAUGUUGCUUGGCGAGAGUUCUUUCGGUGGCCGUUUGACAGGUUACGCCGUCGCGAUUGAUCCCGCCUUCCUGCAGCCUGACACCACCACUUCCAAUCUUCGGAACGGCCCAACAGACAUGGAAUUGGAUUCUGCCGUCCUCGCUAUCGACAUUGACUCCCCUCCACCGGCCAUCCAGCCAACGUCCUUGCAACUAACAUCGUCUUCAAAGAAGCGUCGUCGUGAGAGCGACAGCUCAGAAGAGGGCUCGGACGAAGGCUCGGACAAGGGCUCGAACGCUUCGAUGCGAAGUGCAACGAGCGAUGACUUCAUGGAAAAGGAGCCUCAUGUCUUUUUCCAGUUGGGAGAAUUGAUGGCCUGCACUGGCUUUGACUGGGAAGCGGUUCAAGACAGGACUGCAGAGGAUGCUGCGAAAUGGGGGGAAUGGGAAGAGACCGGAUACAGCGUUCUUGUCAAACUGGAUCGAGACGGUUACCCAACUGGUCCCAUCUUCGUCGCCUACGCGUUUUGUCGCCAUGACGGUUUUGAUGCAGAGGAGAUCGAGUGGAGAGACGAGGACGACCAAGAACUGCCCCAUAUUCGCCGCCUGUAUGAGGACUGCGAGAUCCGGUUCUAUCUUGCCCAGAUUGCAAACGAUAUAGAAGAUCUCAAACACGGGAAGGAGUUCAAUUUUGAUGUGAAAUGCUUCGACAGACGCACCGUGCAAGGUGCAAAGGUGGUGGGAUUUCAACCGGCUGCGAAGGUCGUUCCAAGAGAGGUCUAUGAUGGCCUGGGCGAGGACAAGCGAGCCAAGAUGGCUGACAAUUGGGAAUGA